AUGCACCUAUUCCACUUCAAGGACAGCAACAUCGUCAACGUAGCACUUGGUGCCUUAGGUGACGUGGAAACUUCUAGGAUAAAACGAUCCCCAAACAUCGAGGACAUCUGCCAGUACCUGGAGGGGUCCAUGGAGGGCGAUCUAGGAAAUCCAUCGAAGGAUAUCACCUCCAUAUGGACUCGCCUCAAGAUGGCCACGAGACGUCUAAAAAAGAAGAUCAACAUCAGCUGGACCAACGGACCCAACAACGUCCCCACCAUCGCUGUCGAAAACAACUGCAUCCGGGUAAGAGGCUGCCAACACACACUGGACAAGCUGUUGAAGCAUCAUCACCUCCAAAGACUAACGGCGAAACCAGACCAAGGUAAGGCCUUCAAGAUCACGGCCUCAAAUGAAGUGAGCAAUCACUUCCUCAGCAAUGGCCAGUACACCCGCUUCUCAGACUGGCGCUUCAUUCACCGUGCCAGGCUGAGUGUGGUUGCACUACGUGGCCACAAGUGCUUUGGAAACAAAGCCAAAACCUGCCGCCGAUGCGGCUUCAUUUGUGAAACGCUAUCUCACGUACUGAGCCAUUGCCCACCCAACUUUCGUCUCAUAACACAGCGUCACAACGCCGUACUUAACAGGCUUGUGAAUGCUUUCCAGCCAAGGGGCGCUACGGUACUGGUGAACCAACGUGUCCCCGGAUUGCAAGAAAACUGCAGACCAGACUUAAUCAUACUACAUGAAGAAACAAAAACAGCAACUGUAGUGGAUGUUAUGACCCCGUUUGAAAACAGACAACCGGCCUUUGAUGCAGCGAGGAAAGAGAAGGAACGUAAGUACCAUAACCUCAUACAACACCUUCGUAGUCAGGGGUACGACAUGUUCUUUGAGGCUUUCGUAAUAAAAGCACUUGGAAGAUAUGACCCCCUAAACGAAUCUAUUCUUCAACGCCUAGGCAUUGGCUAUUGA